AUGGAAUUAGAUGAAAAUGCAAAAGAUCCAUACUUUCCAUUGGCUAAUGAAAAAAUACUGAGCCGGCUUUCAGAGAGUAUCCAUAUAUUUUUAGAAAGACGUAAAGAAUUAUGGGAGAAGAACCAAAAUAUUGUUAAAAUAGGUAUUGAAAUAGAACAUGAUCUAUUACCUGUUGAAUCAGGAAAAAAUAUGGUGAAGGAACAUACCGAUUUUUCGAAAGAUUUUCAUUAAAAAUCGAAAAAAAAGAUAUCAGUCUAAUUCAUGUCACGUUAAUAAUAUAGUUAUUGUUUUAAAAAUGAUCAGUUUAUAUAUAUCCUAAUAAAGUGUAGAGGAAUAUUACUUAUUAGGUUAAUUCUAAUACAAGCUUCCUUUCAACUUCUGUUUCUUUUUCAACUUCUCCUUCAAAACGUAAUUUACAAGUCCCAUCUCUCUUCUUUUUUUAGUAAAGAAAAAAAGAAGAGCAGAUACAAAAAAAUACUUGCCUUUGUACUAAUUACUUCUGCAUUAUAAAACGUUGUUGUUUCUGGAUAUCUCGCAAGAACUUGUGUACCAGGUGAUAAAGGUCGAAGUCCUACUGAACUAUUGGGAAUUAAAAUCAGUUUUUCUAUCUUAUUUCGCCAUUCAAACAAACUGCCCAGGAUGAUGGUUUUCAUCUGGUUCAGGAUCCUGAACCUCAUAUCGAACUUUAGAUCCUUCCCCAAUAACACGUGUAACAAUACAUUGAAUCCAAUCGCCUUGACUAUUUUUUGUUUUUGGUUGGCGAAAAGCAACCUCAUUAUCAUUAGUAAAAUACUAUAAAUAAAUGAUAAUAGGUUAAUAAAUAUCUAAUAAUAAAAUAGAUUAGAAAAUAUAAAUAUUCCUUAAAAAUAAUUAUUUAAAAAAUAAAUAAACA